UCGGGAGGAUGUGCGUGUGCGUGUGUGCGCGCGCACGCCUUGGAGAAACACGUCCACUCGCAAGUAGCACCGGGCAGGCUGGCACCACCUGUUGUUGGCCUUUUUAUUUUUUCCCACUCCAGCAGAGGACGACUGACCGCGCAUUAGUCGGAACCGACCCGGCUAGGCCCACUCCAGCAUGCCGCCGCGCUGGUCUAAAACUUUUCAUGUCCAAAGUGUCCGAUGGCGAGAGAGGACGCCGUGAGAUGCGUGCGUCUUUUUCUCUACACGCUCAACGUGCUCUUCUGGCAGAACCUGAUCCAUGUGUGAACGCGCGCUUGUGCUUACAGCUGAUGUCUGCGUGCAUUCUGGGUGUGGCGGCGUGGAUUCGAGAGUCCCUAAACGCCGUCUUGACUCUGACCGCUCACACCAGGCUGGAGGAGGCGGCGGCGGUGACGUUGGCCCCCGUCGUCCAUCCCGUCCUGGUGGCGGUGUGCUGCUUGCUGCUGAUGGUGGCCAUGUUGGGCGUGUGCGGCACGCUGCGCUGUGACCUCAUGAUGCUGUCCUGGUACUUUGGAAGUCUGCUGGUCAUCUUGUGUGUGGAAUUGGCCAGCGCUCUGUGGACCUAUGAGCAGCCCCCUGUGCAGCGCUCUGACAUGAUCAGUCUAAAGUUCCGCAUGUCCAACUUCGGCCUUGGCCAGCAUCAGUGGCUAACACACACCUGGAACGUCUUUCAGACAGAGUUUGAGUGCUGCGGGGUGAUCUACUUCACGGAUUGGCUGGAGAUGACGGAGAGGGAGUGGCCUCCCGACUCGUGCUGCUCCAAUCAGUAUCCGGGAUGCGCUCGCCGCGCCCACCAGCACGACCUGAGCGAUCUCCACCAAGAGGGUUGCGGGCCGAAGCUGUUGUCGUUCAUCCGCUCGAGCGCGCCGCUGCGAAUACUGCGCUUCCUGGGCGUGGCCUUGGGCGUGGCCCAGAUCCUGGCCAUGGCGCUCACCCUCACGCUGCUCUGGACACUUCACUACGGACGCAAGGGGCCCAAAGAACGGGGAGGCUGGCCGGUGCCGCCGCCCACAAGAGGCGUCCAGGCCCUCGCUCACGGCCGGCCCGCCGAGCGCCACUUGCAAAGCGUCUCCUAGCAUUGUGGCAAACUGUUGAAGUAUCGAAUGUGUGUGUGUGUGAGAAAUGCUCUGUGUUUAUUUCCCAUUGUACAGGAAUGUUCCCAGAGGUUAAAGGUCACAAAGGAAGCGAGUCGAGAGGAAACCAACAGGAGGAGCUUUAAUAAUAGUCGAGACUGGCGUAUUCUCGCCGAGACAAAGGAGGGCAUUUCUUUCUUUCUAUUCAAUGCAAUUUAUUACAACACCGCACACGCUGUCAAUCAUCUCUUGCCCCGCCCGCAUGCACAAGAAUAAGAAGAGAAAAAUCACAAGCAUCAUUAAGACGUACAUGUGAUCAACACGAAUGAUAAGAAGUGAGAUUCUCGGGACACAAGGAAGCUUCACUUUGCAUAUUGAC